CUAACCAAAAAAUAGCAUAGACGCUGGAUGCUUCCAAUAGAAUUCAGCAAGAGAAGGAAGUGUGCUGGGCUGGACCCGGGCUUGUUUCGCAUCCUACGGGGGGCUUCAGAUUUUCAGUCUACGGUGUCUCGGGCACCCCCACCCUCCGCAGCUCGCACAGUCGCAGUCGGUGGGUCUGCUCACGUAUCGGACACAUAUCGUGUCCUGCUUUCUGCGCACAAAGGACUCCCUCCUGCCGGUCGCAGCCUCCUCUACGGCUCUGCGCUCCCACCUGAACCGCCGCCCUGCCUGACAUGGAAGAAGUACCAGCUCCAGCGGGCAUUUAGAGCCGGCGCUUCGCCGCUGACAGCCAAGACGGGGGGCACUAUGAGUGAGUCGGUGCCAGUCACCCCGAGCUGGACAGCCCCUGACCCCACCUGGGCCGGCGAGGGGACAGCAGCCGGGAACGUCAAUGUUGCGACGGCGCCCACAACAACACCCACGGUGCGCGGCGCAGCUGUGCCAGUGAACCCCUGGGACGUGGUGCUGUGCAUCUCAGGCACACUGAUUGCCUGUGAGAACGCUGUGGUGGUGCUAGUGAUCUGGCAGAACCCAGGUCUGCGAGCUCCCAUGUUCCUGCUGAUUGGCAGCUUGGCACUGGCCGACCUGCUCGCUGGCCUGGGCCUGGUGCUGCACUUUGUCUUCGCCUACCUGCUGCGCUCAGACCCGGCGCAGUUGCUCACUGUAGGGCUGGUGGUGGCCUCCUUCUCGGCCUCCAUCUUCAGUCUGCUGGCCAUCACCAUUGACCGCUACCUGUCGCUCUACUACGCGCUUACCUACAACUCGGAGCGCACGGUGACCUUCACACAUGUCAUGCUGCUGCUGCUCUGGGCUGUUUCGCUGGGUCUGGGCCUGCUGCCUGUCACCGGCGUCAACUGCCUGGCGGAGGAAGCCAGCUGCAGCGUGGUGUGGCCACUCACCAAGAACAACGUGGCUGUGCUCAGCGUCUCCUUCCUGCUGCUCUUCGGCCUCAUGCUGCAGCUGUACGUGCAAAUCUGCAAGAUCGUCAUGCACCACGCCCACCAGAUCGCGCUGCAGCACCACCUGCUGGCGGCCACGCCGCACUACGUCACCACACGCAAGGGUGUGUCCACAUUGGCGCUCAUCUUGGGAACCUUUGCUGCCUGUUGGAUGCCCUUCACUGUCUAUGCGCUGGUGGCCGACUACACGUACCCCCCACUGUAUACCUACGCCACGCUGGUGCCCGCCACCUACAACUCUGUCAUCAAUCCACUCAUCUAUGCCUUUCGUAACCAGGAGAUCCAAAAAGCUGUGUGGCUGGCAUGCUGCGGCUGUGUGCCGCACAGCGUGCAACGUGCACGCACCCCCAGCGACGUGUGACACCAUGGAGGCUGGGGAGGGGGGUCGAUAUUGUGUACAUAAUCGCAGGUUUAGGCUGUUACACCGAGGGGGUCAAUAUCAUGUACAUACUUGCAGGUUUAGGCUUCUGCAUCAUUUGCUUUUGUGAGGCUUUGACUGUUUAUGAAUGUCUCUGGCAGAGCAGGCGGGAGUUCUACCCAGAAUGCCGCUGGGUGGGGGCCCCUAUACCCAGAAUGCCGCGGGGUGGUGGGCAGGGGUCCUUAUACCCAGAAUCCCAAAGGACAGUGAGAAUCCCUGUAGUCAAAUAGGUCAGGGGCAACAAGCAGGUAUCACCAUAUCCAGAAUACCAAGGGGCAGUAGGUCAGAGUCUCUGUACCCAAAAUGCUGUGGGCAGAUGCAGUAGAUGUCUGAGGUGAUGCAGACAUCCAUUCCCAAGCUGCUGCUACACUCUAAAUGUGCACAGAAAUCAAAGGACUUGGGGAAAGCGCAAAAUAGGCUGGUGAGCCACAACUCACCAUCCUCUCAGUGCCACACUCUGCUUGUGCCCAUUCCCGACUCAAAUGCCCUCUCAGUGCCACACUCUGCCCGUGCCCAUCCCCUGCUCCCCCGCCCUCUCAGUGCCACACUCUGCCCGUGCUGGUCUCUGACUCACCCACCCUCUUAGUGCCACACUCUGCCCGUGCUCGACUCGCCUGCCCUCUGAGUGCGACACUCAGCCUGUGCCCGUCCCCAGAUGUGACCCGCUGUCCUUGGUGCCACACUCAGCCUGUGCCCUAACCCUAACCGCAACCCUUGAUGUCGCCAGCUAACUGCUAAUUCAAUUCCAUUUACGCUAUUAUUCCUAUUAUUCCCCAGUACUUUCCGAGGGUCUUUAACCAUACAGUAUUUUUGUACUCCUCUCUGGAUCAGUAUUCCAGAGUCUCUGAUGCGCUCUAACAAAACAGCAGGCACAAUGUGGGUAUGGUCACGGCGCUGAGGGGCUGCAGCUGCAUCCCACUCAAUGAUAUUCAGACAGAGGCUGUACUUCCAUGGCCUGUUUGAUUCGACAGGUCAGGCUUGGGGACUGCAGCUCUGAUGGCACAAUGCUGGUUUCUUCCAGAAGGAUCCGUUGAGCAUGGAGGUUCAGUACAAUGGCAGGCAGAUAGUUGGGGGGCAGCGGGAGGAUCACAUGGAAAUUAACAGACGGGUUUGGGCUAGACUGAUUCUCUGCUUCGGUGAUAAUAAUCAUGAAAACCAACUAAACAGCAAUAAAUGCCCAAUGCUUGCAUUUACGGCUGGGAUUGGGGUUAAACCGUGUAUUUAAGGUCAGGAUUUUGGUUAUAGUUAAGCUCACACCCAAGUCAUAUAUUUACUAUCAGCCCUGGACACAGCUAUUCUGAAGAUCCACCCAUCCCAUGUUUCCAUGGCAACUGUCAGACAGCCAGCAAUAACGGGUCUGACCACCAUAUUGUAGAGAUUACAGCAAUAUCCUAUGAGCAAUAAGAAGCAGGAGGAGAGGGCGGCCAGGCCUGAGCAGCAGAGCACACAGCCAGUACCUCACUGCUCAACAGUGAGGCCCCCUGCUGGCUCAUCCCCCAAAGACAACCCUGAUCACUCUCUCUGUGCUGUCACAUCCAGCCUAGCAGGGGGCGCUCCAAGCUGGCCAGGUGAAUCAUGCUGCUUCCUUGGCCCUUGACCUUGUGAUUUUUCUGUAAGUUCACCACCGUUUCCAUGGGAACAUGCAGCCGUCUUCCUGUCCUGCCCUCUCCCACCACCUGCCCCAGCGUGGGCUUGCUUUUUUGGAUAGACGUGGCCGCUGUUUUUGGAUACAGAAGUGACCCUACUGCAGCACAACUCCGCCUGUGACCUAAACCUUUCCAGAAGAGUCUCUAUAUUUUGUAAUAUUAAUGAUAAUAGUUUCUAUUUUUCGCAGCCUCCAUUUACCUGCAGCUGGCCUCCAUUCGGCUCUUAGUGUGUUUGACCAUGCACCAGCUUGUGAUCGUCUGCUAGCCUCUCUGCACUCAGGCUUCCUGCUGUGGACAGCAAGCGUCUCCCUGGAGAUCCUGUCACAUGACCAUGAUCUGCCAUGAGUGAGGGAUCACCAGCCACCCUGACUCUGUGCCCCCCGAGGUCCCAGUGGGAUGUGGGGAGAACUCCCCCUCUGAAGGCAGGGGCCGUCGGCUGUUGUAUAUACAGCUUUAAGCUACUGAAACAUGACUGCCUCCUCCUGCACUGAGCUCAUUAAUGGCCUCCCAGUACUGAUAGGAGUGUAGGGGCCCCACCGAUUGGCACUGGGCACAGGGGCUGCUGGGAUGUAUGCCGACUGAGCCAUGGACUAACACAGCAACUGCAUCGUAUGUAGAUGUUUGCAUAGUGAACUGUGAGAUGCACUUUAUUUCCCAGCAAGAACCGGCACCGCCGACCACAUAUCUGCAAAAUAGAUGAAACCCGAUAAUCGACAGGCACUAAUUAACCAAGAUGUUGUACCAUAUUGUGCUAAACAGUGGUGUAUAUUUUUUUCAAGGUGUUUAUUGUACUUUUAUUGCUUUGUUAGUUGACUUAAAGGAUCUUGUUAAUUUUGUAUUAAACUGUGCUGUGCAUUACAAA